AUGAGCGGCAGGCAGUUGACCAAACCUGGUUGGACAAGCAAGGUGAACUUCGCUUUCCUCUACAUACCAAACCCAGGCCAGCAUAUUGAAAAUUGCUUGCACGGUACAGCCGAGAUCAAAUCCAUGGACCAAGCAAGCGGAGAGAUCCACCGAAGGAUCGCGUACCUCAAAUUGGUUGGUGGGUCUCAUGAAGAAGCAUUGAAUUCGAUUCAAAAGCUAGAAGACGUCCAUAGGCACUUGGAAAUACGGUAUCGAAAAAAGAACAAGGCGGGAAUCCUAAGGAAAGCUGCUCAAUAUAAGCAACCAUCUCGCAGACUCAAAUUCGUCCUUGGAGCGGACUUGUCAAAUUCCGGCGAGAGCUCAUCAGCCCAAGCUUCCCAACGCUUGAGUAAUCUUGAUGGUGGACAAGCCGUAUUCCCAUCAGAACAGUGGGAUGACUUGGUCAGGCUCACUGAGCCCGAGACCGAGUUCUGUCGUGAUCGCCCAGACUUCAAGUUGUCGUUCUUCGAAACCAUGUUUUUGCUAGGCGAUUAUAUGGUCAACUCGAACCUACUCGACCCAAGCUUCUUCAAGGCCAACAAUUUCUUUCGGCCAGAGGCUCUUACUCAACUGAUCAAGGCCGACCUCAAGUCAAGAUUGUAUGGCUUCGGAGGCUUGUUUUUCGGAUUUGAUGCUCAUUCAUUGCUCCCUACAAUUCAAUCUUUAGCAAAUCACAAGUCAACAAAACACCUUCAUAGAUCCAUCAAAGUGCUUGACAAGGAAAACCACCGGGAGAUUGUCUAUGAUCACCUUGGAAACACUAUGAGGUCUUUGGACUGGCCCAGUCCUUCCAAACUUUCCAAUGGGAAACGGCCAAGGUUGGAAUUCUUGAUGUCAUAUUACUAUCUGGACUUUCUCCACACGUAUUACAAAGAGAUUUUAGAUCACGUUCAAGCCACAAAUCUGGAGAACCAAAAAUCUGAGAAGAAGCGCAAAUUUCUAGGUGAAGCUAUCAAGAUCUUUACAGAUCCCGCUGAUCCUUGGAAGACCAAAUUCGACAAGUAUUCUCGAUUGAUCUUCCAACAGAAGCCCCAUGAUGAUCUUGAAAUGAAAGAGUGGAUUGAAGCUAUCACUUCAAUCAUUCUUGAACUUGAAGUGUCUGGUGUUAUUGACAGAGCUUGUUAA